GUGUUUGCGAGCAUACGCGCCACUGGGUUUAAAUAUUCGUGAAACUUCGUACGUGACCGUGCACGAAUGAAAGCGCCCUAUAGGAAGAUGGGGGCUCGAAGUCUUCUUUAUCAAUAAUACGAUGUGUCCAGGCUCAUAUCUCAAUUGGACAGCGGCCCGUCGACACAUGAGAUCGGUGGAAAUUGUUGAAAGGCUCGUUCGAUUCCAGUGGCAUUUGUACGAUUAAAACAAACUGGUUCGUGAAGGUUCGCACAGUCUCGGAACCAACCAGAUACACUAGUUCCUGCGCAAGGAUAAGCGGAGCUGUGCCAGUUCAGUGGCCGCCAGUGCGAGUCCAUCCCUUCGUGAGGCACGUUCUGCACCGACUACCGCAAAAUGCUCGCCAAUAAGUAUCAAGCAGUACUGAGUACUCGAACCUUGUCAUGGCAAUUUAUCAAUGGACAUGUAAUUCCGUGGAAAAGAUGCCUCACUGGAGUUUUGUCGGAAGAACCAAAAAUGCCGAUAGUCGCAACGGAAAUACCGGGACCUCAAUCACGCACUUUGUUACGAGACCUCAAUAAGAUACAACAAGCCGCUUCCGUACAAUUCUUCGCGGAUUACGAAAAAUCGACAGGUAACUACAUAAUGGAUGUGGAUGGGAACGCUUUGCUCGAUGUGUAUAUGCAAAUUUCAUCGAUGCCUUUAGGCUACAACCAUCCGGCUAUGUUAAGAGCACUUGCUGAUCCUGUCAAUCAGAAAAUUAUAGCAAAUAGACCAGCGUUGGGUGUCUUCCCCGGGAAGGAUUGGCCGUCUAAAUUAAAGAAGAUUACGCUUCAAAAAGGGAUUGCUCCUCCAGGAUUAUCUCACAUUACAACCAUGAUGUGCGGUUCCUGUUCAAACGAAAACGCUUUUAAAAAUAUUUUCAUUUGGUAUGCCGAAAAACACAGGAAAGGUGCCCCUUUCACGAAGGAAGAGAUGGAAAGUUGCAUGAUGAAUCAGCUUCCUGGUUCACCGCGAUAUUCCAUUCUUUCAUUCAAAGGUGCUUUUCACGGAAGAACGUUGGGAACUCUUUCGACGACGCAUAGCAAAUACAUUCAUAAAAUGGAUAUUCCAGCAUUCGAUUGGCCGAUUGCCUCGUUUCCUCAGUACAAAUAUCCAUUGAAUGAUCACGUACGAGAAAAUGAACAGGAAGAUCAACGUUGUUUAGCCGAGGUUGAAGAAUUGUUCGAGAAGUAUAAAAAUGAAAAAAAAGUUCCUGUCGUUGGUGUGAUAGUGGAGCCAAUCCAAUCGGAAGGAGGAGAUAAUCAUGCUUCGCCUGAAUUUUUCCAAAGUUUACAACGUUUGACGAAGAAACAUGGAGUAGCCUUAUUAAUCGACGAAGUUCAAACAGGGUGUGGCCCAACAGGAAAAAUGUGGUGCCACGAGCACUUCAAUUUGGAAUUUCCGCCAGACAUAGUAACCUUUAGUAAAAAAAUGCAAAUGGGUGGCUACUACCACGCCGAAGCUUUAAAACCCAACUUGGGAUACCGUGUAUUUAAUACCUGGAUGGGAGAUCCUAGUAAAGUGAUAUUACUUGAAGCAGUUCUAGAUACUAUUCAGAAAGAAAAUCUUCUGGAAAGAGUCAGACGUGUCGGCGACUAUACAUUAAAGCAACUCAUGAGCUUACAAAACGAAUUUUCUAGCACAAUCAAUUCGGUCCGUGGCCGAGGGACAUUUAUUGCAUUCAACUGUGCUACGUCUGAACUUCGCGACAAAACAAUUCAGGAAUUACUAGCAAAAGGUAUUCAAACUGGUGGCUGUGGGGCAUUAUCGAUAAGAUUAAGGCCGGCCUUAACGUUUACGGAAAAUCACGCAGAUGUAUUUUUAAGCAGAUUGCGAUCUGUUUUAAAGAAAUAGUGUUGUAGAUACAUUGUAUUAUGAACUAUAUGCCAUGUGGCAGUUGAAAUCAAGUCUUCCACUACAAUAAUGAAUAUUGUGAGGUCUGUUAAAAUAAUUUUUAAAGUUGGUGCAUUAUUUUUGUA